AUGCAGCCUGGCUUGACCCACACUGUACAGCUGACAACGGGACCUUUGCUCGCCAGUAAGGACGUAGAGAACUUCUUCGACAACCUCGAUAGCAGGACUGCAUACAGUGAAGCUACCUCCAGGAAAGAAAGCAAUCUUAGGCCUUGGACCAACGGUUUGGCAGGUUACCGUGCCCCCGGAAGUGCUGAUUCCUUGACCGGAAGUAGCAGUAGGGAUUCGACGUCAUCUAGUAACGAUACAUCCAACGUAAAAAGUGAUAAUUCAACUUUAAGUGACUUCUGCAGCGAAGUGCACGCAAUAAACAGUGACGUAGGUUUCAGUUCAGGCUUGCAAUUUUUCAGCGGAGCGCAAAAAGGACAACUCACUGACAAUAAGAUGUAUCAAGGUGGCCUGGCCCUGCCGCCGUCAGCGACCGGAUACGGUCAAGACCCUAUGGCGAAUGGGUAUCUCCAUUCUGGAACCAGUCCAGUAUAUGUCCCUUCUACAAGAGCUAUGCUUCCUGUCCAGUACAUGGGCACGCCCACCCAGAACAUGGGCACGCCCACAACCUCAUCCCAUCUGUGGACUUCUCCAAACGACGUUACAGCAUACACACCAGCAAACACUCUCCAUUCUUCAGCAGCCUAUCCAUUCAACACUACAGCUUCCCAAGGAACAGGACGCAAUGAUGCUGCUGCUGGCUUCGCAUCGCCACUAGGACGUCACGGAGGGAUGGGCGGUUACCCGACAUACAUGGGUGCGGAGCUGAGUCCUUGGAACACCUUCAACAACCUGGCACUCCAGCAAGGUUUCCGCCCCACUACUGGCCCUG